GUGCAUAACGAUAGGAUAGGUGCUGUAGUCGAAAAUUCAUGGAAACUUGAUCAUCAGCAACGCUGGAGACAGUCGUUAGAAGCUGAUAAAAAGUCCAGGCAAGAGGAAGAAGUAGCAGCGAAUGAGUCCAGCUUGUCGACAAGUGCGGAAACGAAAUGUGUUGAAGCGAACGAGCAGAGAGAAGCAAUUAAAGAGUACUCGAUCCGAGCGGGAUCCCCAGCUGACAUCAUCCAGGAUGGAGUUAGUGAGGCUAGUGUUCAUCAUUAUCGGCCGACCAGCUCCGGGAUUUCGCUCAUUCGCUGUUACAAGAAAUUGGUAAAACUUGAAGAAGCUUCGACAGGAAUAGCAGCAGCAGCAGCGCCGACAGCACCAGCACCGGAGCAUCCCGGAUCAGCAACAUACAUCAUUUUCACACUGCUUCGUCAGUCGCCUCAUAUGGUCUUGUCAGGUGACUGGACCGAAGUACAAAUUGUCCAUCUUCCAAAUGUUCCCGGCUUUGGCCUAGGCAUCGGUAUAGUCGGUGGUGCCUCAACUGGAGUGGUCGUUAAGACGGUUCUACCAGGGAGUGCUGCUGAUAAAGUUUGUUUAUUGUCCGACAUAAUUUUUCGAUUUCCUGGAAUUCUUAUUCAGACAACAGUUCUUCAUUAUGACAUGUGUCUGUGUAUAUUUGCAUACAUGGUAUGA